AUGAGACUUUACUACCAUGGAGCGGCUUUUUACAAAAAAGUUGAGAAGAAACUCAGUAAGAUGUCGGAGAAGCGAAAUAUACAUGAUCACAAACGUAGAUUGCUCGUGGCUAAAUAUGAAUUGAGAUGAAAGCUUUAUAAAGCCUUUAGUAAAGAUCUCGAUCUUCCUAGUGAUAUGCGAGACAAGCAUCACUAUAAGUUGUCCAAGUUGCCAAGAAAUUGUUCCUUGGCACGAGUAAGAAAUCGAUGUAUUUUCACAGGUCGCCCUCAUUUUGUAUAUAAGUUCUUUAUAAUUUCUCGCAUCAUUUUUCAUGGAUUAGCAUCUCGAGGUCCUUUGAUGGGCAUAAAGAAAUCGUCUUGGUAG